UAUGCAGCGUCUCGUUUGAACGAUGGCCUACAGGUGGCGGUGAAAUUUGUCCCGACCUGGAACACCAAGUUCAUCAGCAUUGACGCUUGUUCCAAGCCUCUUCCAUUAGAAAUCGCACUUUCAAUUAUGGCAAACGAAGGCCCCAGAGUUCAGGAAAUCGUUCAGCUUCUGGACUGGCAUGUGGAGCCUGAUCACUACGUUUUGGUCCUGGAGCGGCCCGUUCCCUUUGAGGAACUGAGCUGGUUUCUCCUGCAGAACAUGGGGACCGUUAAAGAGGAAGUGGCGUGGGUCAUCAUGCGCCAGACGAUAAUUGCAGCUCAAACAUGCUGCCUACGUGGAGUGCUGCCCCGGGAUAUCACGCCUGAAAACCUUUUGAUCAACCCGGACACACUCAAAGUCAAAUUAAUGGGCUUUGGCUGUGGUGCAGUCCUCUCCAACUUAGGUUACAGGUCCUUUACUGGCAUAAGAGAGUACUGCCCUCCUGAGUAUUUCAUGACGGGCAAGUACAACGGGGAACCAGCGACAGUGUGGUCGCUCGGGAUCCUCUUGUUUGUAAUCUUGUGUGGAGAUUUCCCAAAACGACAAGACGCGAGCAAGAUCAACGAUAACACCUGGUCCAAAGAUGGCCUGUCGGAGGAAUGCUGCCAUUUUAUUCAUUGUUGUCUGCAGAUCGAUCCAAAGCAGCGGAUUGAACUGGAGAAUCUCAGUCUCCACGACUGGUUCAUGAGUGCAGACAAGACGAAAAGAAGUGGUGUAUAAUAAUGACAGGAAUGGCAGGUAAAUGACAGGAAGCUCAGCGACAGCCAUGACAGACACCCAAUGAUUUUUCAAGACACCAGAAAACAGGUUGCACAAGUGGAAAUGUAACCUGAUGACAAGAUCCUAGACCUCAACCAGAGAAAAAAAAAAAAAAAUCUAAAAAAAACUUUAAAAAACAAAAACA